UGUAUUUCAAUUUGGCUGUCCGGCACUUUUUAUAUUGUUUGAAUCUGAGGCGUGAUAAGGUUUCUCAACCAGGUACCGAAAUUCGAAAAGUCCGGCUUCGACUUCAGCACCUCGGAGAGCACAACUAAGACCCGCAUCCUUUUGCUCUCGCGAGAAUGUGGCAGCAUCCGUGAAACAUCUCGCGAGAGUCCAGUCGUGAACGCGCGCAGUGGGUGUUCCAGAAAUUGAGGAGCCAAGAAUUGGACCGAGAAACCUUGUGAAAAUCUGAAGACAGUCGCGGCUUUGCUGAUAGUCACAGGACAGCAGUCCAAAGGCGUACGUUUACUUGAGCAAAAAGAGUCAUUUAAAUCGCCGAAGCUGGGAAAAUGCAGUCCAGCAGAUAAAGCGCAUUCGCGAAAAUUAGGAGCAGCGAAGAGAGAACAAAAGAGUCUUGUCUACAUCGUAAAUAAGAGAGAGAGAGAUGGGAGACAAAGCCAACAACUUUCCACCAUUGCCAAGAUUUAUUCCCUUGAAGCCAUGUUUCUAUCAGGACUUUAACGAGGACAUUCCUGACCAGCACCGCACCAUGGCCAAGCGACUCUACUAUCUGUGGAUGCUGAAUAGCAUCACUCUGGCUGUCAAUCUGAUUGGCUGCCUGGCAUGGACAAUUGGCGGAGGUGGAUUUAUGAAUUUUGGCUUGGCAGUCGUCUGGCUCCUCCUCUUCACUCCUUGCUCGUAUGUGUGCUGGUUUCGGCCCAUUUACAAGGCCUUCAAGACGGAUAGUUCCUUUAACUUCAUGGCAUUUUUCUUCACUUUUAUUGCCCAGCUGGUGCUCAGCAUCAUCCAGGCUGUGGGGAUCCCUGGGUGGGGUGUCUGUGGCUGGGUGGCUACCAUCCUCUUCUUUGGCACUAACAUUGGCUCCGCCGUGGUCAUGCUGAUCCCGACUCUCAUGUUCACAGCUGUGGCAGUGCUUUCCUUCAUAGCACUCACAAAGGUGCACAGCUUUUACCGAGGCAGCGGUGGCAGUCUGAGCAAAGCACAGGAAGAGUGGACGACGGGGGCUUGGAAGAAUCCUCACGUCCAACAAGCUGCACAGAAUGCGGCAAUGGGCGCCGCCCAGGGUGCCAUGAUGCAGUCGGAGCCUCAGUACUCUGCCACUCCCAAUUACUCGUACGACAACCAGAUGUAGGGUCUGGCCAGUUUAGUAUCUGCACAGCGUGGAACGCAAGGCCCAACCCUUAAUCUACUGAAAACCUGCCUCUCAAAGAUCUACUGACAGCAUUGGUGUAAAACUUGGCCAGAUAUUAAAAACAAAAAAAAGCCUGCUUCACAUUUAGGCCUGUGAAACAUGAGUCUUCUUCGACACCUUUUGGGCCUGUUACUGGUUUGGAUGGCAUGCCCAAUUACGCAAGCAAAGAGUGAAGAUAAGAGCGGCGUCUUCAGAAGAGGCCAAGUGGCACCAAUGCGGCAUGUCAGCCAAGCGUCCAGGAACCUGAGUGCGAGCUCGGGCCGCGUUCUCGCUUACCUUAAAUGGAGCCUCUCAGGGCCAGGCUGGCGGGUUGGGUUUUCAGUAGGUUUUCGUUUGAUGUCUUCAUCCCAAGCUUCAUGCAGUAACCAUGCUGGCCAUUUUCUGUUUGGCUUCUUUUUUUUUUUUUUUCUUUCUUUCUUUUAAAUGAAAUCUCCUGAUAGUGAUGUGCAAUAGUGAUGACGUUCCUGGGACGAUGUCGUUGCUUUGAGUAAGUGUUAUUGUGCACAGGUGUCUGAGAAAAGUGCAUUGUUCUUUUGACUCAUUUUGCCCUAUCGUGAAAUGCUUUUAGGAUGUGAUAGAUGUCAACUGUGUCCAGUGUCCACCUCUGCUGUCACUUCCCCUAAUCGUGAUUACUUGUCUUAAGAGUCCAAAAGGAGCGCUUUCCAGCAGAUUUUAUUAUGCAAAGCCGUGUGACGGGACGCUUGGCACAAUCCCAGACCAAUAAAGGCACUAUUUCUCAUGGGACGUUGUCUUUGAAAUCUGAAAUAUAUGCAAAGUGAACAAUAUGCAGCUUCUCUGAGGAAGCAUGGGAGGAGUGUGCCAGGGUAGACUUCUGGAAGGGCUGCAUUCCACUUUGGGCAAAUAUGAAGAUAUGCUCAAGUAGUGGAAGAAACUGAACAACCCUGGAAGAAAACGCACAACAAAUGAAACGAGCUUGACACCUGGUGACGAGUGGGGAGCCUUGUGACAUCUGUGUCCGCGCAUAAGAUCCUUGAUCAUCCCAUAACUUCAUCCUUCAAGAACAAUCCCUCUAGUGUCAGCCCCAACUCUAUCACAUGGUGACCCAGGCUGGCCACCAUGCAGAAUCGGAUGAGUAGAUGACAGUAUGUGUAGGUCCUAUCAGAUUCCCUCCAUCCAGACCCCUCACCACACCGAAGGUUUAGUCUGAAUGUGAGAUCCUGCAACAUAAGUGACUUGACUCAAGCUGCCAGUAUUCAAGAGUCAAGAAUAUAAUCGUGCAUCCUAAGAUCAAGCAAAAAAGUCGAUUCCUGGUGCAAGAAACUCAGAAACAGGUGACAGGCAUUUGUCGAAGCAAUAAAACACAAAUCACACCAGGGGUUGGUUUGGUCAUUUAGCCAUCUUGUGUGGGCAGAUGGUGCAUUUGUCUGUAAUGUGACAUGAGAUGGCACCCUCCCAAAUAAAUCCAUGUUUAAACGGGCACCAAAUGGCAUCUGAGGGGAUGUGAAUGAUGGUUAUGAGGUUUGUAAUCUUCAGGUAAUAUUUGGCUGUGUUUGAGCAUGGCAUGACUUGUGCCCAUUGCCCAUGAAAUACUGCUUGGGCACAUUAGUGAAGGACUGCAAUCCACUACAGACAGUAGUCAUUUGGCACAAUGGUUUUUGUAGAUUUUGUCAGGAGACACUGGUGAGGUCCAUGGCUGUUGAAUGCCUUACUCCAGACAUAUGGCCCACCGUGGACCCUGGUACACACUGAACAUGUUCUGGAAGUAAAAUAAGAGAAGAUUGGUAGCACACUGUAGACUGAAAUACCACAGAGGUCCAGAGGACAUCUCUGUAUCGCACCUCUUUUGACCAUAGCAGCUGAAGUUGUUGAUAAAUUAGCUGGCAGCACGAUGCUACAUGCUCCUCCAAAAGAUUGCAUCCGGGACAAACUUGCAUUGGCUGCCACUGCCAUGUAUCAUAACUUGUUAGAGGCCCAAACUCAAAAUGCACACCGGCCUUGAGUCCACUGCUUCCAAAGAUUUUACAACACAUGGAAAUAACGAAGAGCUGAGAGCCAUAUGUGCCAAGGAGAAUGGCAAACAAAUGAGGUUUCUCCACUGAACAGCAUGCCAGCUGGGAAAGGUUAAUGUCCAUGGCUUUGGUGUCCUUCAUACUUUAGCUUUUUGUCCAAGCAAUGUUGCCAACGUGGGGCCUGCACAGGGCUCCUCACACAGUAUGUCCAUAGGACUCCAGUUCCUGUGAUUUUUCCAUCUUGCUGCCGGCCAUUUUCUAGUGUGAUGCGCUGGACCAGCAAUCAUUACUGUCUUGUUGAGCCCCCGUCACUUGAGAAUAAAAGUUGGUUUUGUUGAUGUCACGGACAAGCGCAUGUUACAGUGUUGUGUAAAGCAAAAGAGUGAAAUAAAGUGAUGGAGAACAAA